AUGUCUUUCUCAUCUUUUUCAACCACUUCUCAGAUUUACGUUAAUUUUGUUACAUAUGAUUUUAAUCGUCAAGAUUUUGAUCAAUUAAUUCAAACGUAUUUUGAAGAUGAGACAACUUGUCCUUUUACACAUAUUGUUUAUCAAUAUGAACGAAAUUAUAAUGCUUCUCAAGAGCGAGAUUGUCAUAUACAAGGAUUUUUACGUUUGAAGAAAAAAACUAAAUUUGGUCAUUAUAAACCGUCAAUUGAAGAAAAAAAGAAUAAAAUAAAUGGUAUAAAGGGGGUUUUAAAGAUUGAUAAAGUACAUUUUGAACCUGUUGGAAGUGAGCCAGACUCUAUACUCUAUUGUAAAAAAACAUAUAAUAAAUGUUCAAUUCAUAAUCGAAAAGAAGUUGAACAUGAUGUAGAACGGUUUUCUAAAUAUGAAUUUAUUAGAAAUACAAUCUCAACUUCUAAUAAAAAACGAUUAACAAAUUGUCGAUGUGGUUAUGAAGAUUUGAAUGAUUUUUCAGAGU